AUGAUAUUUUUAUUAUGCAUCUCAUAUGUUUUAGCUAACUUUAAUACUUAAUACGUUACUGAUUAAAUGGAAAUCCAACAUACUAAUUUGAAUAGUUCCAAGACAUACUUAUUAUCUAUGAUAAUAACGCAAUUCCCAUAAAAUAAUUAUUGCUUACCUUUGCUUUAAGUUAUCAUAAAUAACGAAAUUUAUAAUGACUCAUAGGCAUAUUCUGUUAGGGCUAGAAUUCAAAAAGUAUAUAUUAAUGGAACUGGAAGUGUCAUUAUCAAAGUAAAUUGUAAUAUGUUGGAGUACUUUAAAAAUCCAAAAAACAUCAAUAAAACUAUGCAUUUUAAUUUGACUCUUAAUGAUGCUAAAUAACAUUCUUCAAUUUUAUGUUAAUUCCCCCAUUAUGGUUAAAACUGUAGUCUUUCAAUUUUGCAAAUCUAAAAGGAAUUUUCUGUGACAAUCUUAAUUCUAAACAAUACUUGGUUGUAUGCUUACGCAAUACUUGAAAAUAAUGAUUAUGAAGUUAUUGUCUAAAAUGGAGAAUCCUUAUUUGGUGUCUCCAUAGUUUCAAUUAACAAAUUAAAUGUUACUAUCCUUCCAUCAUUUUUAUAAAAUUUUGUAGUUUUGGAAUAAAAUAAUGAAGAAAAGGAAAUCUAAAUAUAUAGAUCUGAAGAUGAUUAGAAUAACGUCUAUAUCAUUGGUUUGUUCAAUUUCAAUUCAACUUAAAUUCAAGAAAUCACUAUCACGCUUACAGCUGGAUUAAAGAGUGAAGAAUUUCCUUUUUGGGUCACAAUGCUUUUGAUAUCUAUAAUAGUUUUUGGUAUGCUCCUAUUGUUAAUAAUUCUACUUCUUUUUAGACGAUAAUACAAAAAAUUAACUUAAAUAAAACCAGCUCUGGAUAAAAAAGUAAUAAAGAAAUAUAUGCCUCCAUAAAAAGCAGAUUCCAAAAUGAUUAAAGAUACAUGUUCAAUUUGUUUAGUUUAAUUUGAAUUAAAAGAUAAAUAUUGCCAAACUCCUUGCAGACAUGUCUUCCAUGAAUAAUGCUUAGUUGAUUGGACAACAAAAUAAGCCAAUUGUCCAGUUUGUAGAUAAGGUUUACUUGAAAAAGAAAUUAAUGAAUUAAUGGAAAUCAAGAACAAAGGAAAUCGAAAUGUCGAAGACUUAAAUAUAGAGGAAGCUCUGAAAUCUAAGGAUGAUCCACAAUCACAAACUUAUAGGAAUUUUCCUUUACUUCAAUUAUCAUCCUCUCCUUUUCGAACUUAGUUAAAGAUCGAAUUGGAUUCCUCUCCUUAGGCACAAAAUUCACCUCCCAUACUUUAAUUUGAAGGGUCUCCAGAGAAUCGGGCAAAUAGAAACCUAUGUUUUUAAUCGGAUGGCAUUGUAGAAUCAUAAAAUUGA